AUGGCAGUUUCUAGGAUCACUAUGUGGAGGUUGAUGUCUGCGAUUUUUGGAAUAAAAUGUCUUUUGCUGACGGUUACUUUGGGAAUUUUAAUGAAAAACUCAUUUACUAUGCAGAGUAUUCAACCAACACUUACUCCAACUUCCACUGUAGAAUUCCAGGAAGUUUCUGAAUGCUGUGCUUGCCUAGAAAAGUGGAUUGGAUAUCAAUGCAACUGUUACUUCAUUUCCAAAGAAGAAAAAUCUUGGGAAGAAAGCAGAGAUUUCUGUGCCUCUCAGAAUUCCAGUCUUCUUCAGCUCAAAACCAGAAAUGAAAUGAGUUUUAUGAACGCCAGUCAAAACUUUUUCUGGAUUGGAAUGCAUUAUAGUGAAGAAUUGAAAGCCUGGCUAUGGGAGGAUGGCUCAUUCCCCGUAAAAGAUCUAUUGCCAGUGUUCUCAAAUACCAAGCCAAGGGGAUGUCCUGUUUUUAGUCCAAGCAAAGCUGUUUCCAUUGACUCCUGUGAAACUAAAAAUGGUUUUAUCUGUAAGCAAUCGCGUAUUUAAAUAUUUAAGGCAAAGAGUAUAGACAAGAAAGGUCCAGGAUUACUUAAAAAGUACUUACCUCUGACAGUAUUACUAUCUUUCCAUCUUGAGUUGGUAGAAUGUUUCUAUGUGCUAUCAUUUUUAUACAUUUGAACUCAAUUAUUUUAUGCUUGAUGGAUUUUUCAUACUUGUGUAUAAAAACAGGAUAACAAGGUACAGAGUUUUUAUCAAUAUUUUGAUUUAAUGCAUAUCUGAUAUAUGCUGUGGAUCUCGCUCUGUAUAAAUAAAAUGCUGAUUGGCCACUAGCCAGGCAGGAAGUAUAGGCGGGACAAGCAGAGAAGAGAAUUCUGGGAACAGGAAGGCUGAGUCAGGAGAUGCUGCCAGCCGCUACUAUGAGUACCAACAUGUAAGAUACUGGUAAGCCAUGAGCCAUGUGGCAAGGUGAUUUAUAGAAAUGGGUUAAUCUAAGAUAGACGAACUAGAUAACAAAAAGCCUGCCACAGCCAUACAGUUUGUAAGCAGUAU